GAGACCUCACCCGCCUGCGAGAUAGCUCCUCGCGUGUACAUUUUCAGUCUCGCAGCAAGACGUCUCGACGGGUAUUCCCGCCGGAAGCGGCCUCGCAGUAUGAGCACACGCAACGAGGGCUCGGGCUCUGCGGCCGCCAGCAGUAAUGAAAAGGGCAACAUCCACGCCCAUGGACACAUCACCUCUUCCCCAGAAACCUUGGUGGCGGCCUUGCAUGAUCCGCCAGCAGGUAUAAUACCGGUACCCCACGGCCCGUCUCAGGGAGACCAGCGGUCCCAGUGGCCCGACGACCCCGCGGCACAGGAGCUGGCCAUUGAGCGCGCCAUCUUGGGCUACCUUACUCUCCCCGAUGACAGCUACAACGACAAGGGAGUCUACUGGGCCGAUCUGCCCUUGAAGGAGCGCGUCAAGUUCGUCCUGGACGUCGACGCCAAGGAGGCCAAGGCUGAGCUUUCAUCCAUUGGGAGCAUGAUGAAGAAGGAUCCUUUGUCCCCACUGGGCUGGUACAUGCGCAACGCCGUCCUCCCCGGUGCCGGACUGGGUCUCGAGGGCUACGUGCUGUUCAGCAUAGGCAACCUCGAGCCGCUCUUCAAGAGCACGUGGCCCGAGUGCUGGUCCAGCUCCGGAACAGCCUGCAGUAACAACUGGAUUGCUGCCGUCACUUAUCUCGAGGUUAUUGGCAUCAUGGUUGGACAGAUUGGUGUCGGCAUCAUUGGUGACUGGGUCGGUAGGAGAUGGGGUCUUAUCCAGGACGCUAGCAUUAUGUUCAUCGGCUUGCUGAUGUUGACGGCCAGUUGGGGUGUCACGUUGGAGGGCUGGGUGAUCCUGUACGGCUGGGCUCUCUUUUUUUACGGUUUUGGUGUUGGUGGCGAGUACCCGAUUACCGCAACUUCUUCCAUGGAGGACUCGGUCCGUACCGACAGCCUCUCGACCCGCCAGGACCGUAUGCACCGUGGCCGCAAGGUUACGAUGGCCUUCUUGAUGCAGGGCUGGGGCCAGUUUUUCAACCAGGCCAUCUUGAUCCUCCUGCUGCUCAUCUUCAACGCUGGCCGCGGCGACCCUCCUUACAGCGAGACCAACGUCCAGUGGACCUUCCGCGUCUCGUUCGCCCUCCCCGCUAUUGGAACUCUUUGGCUCGUCUACUACAGGAUCUGGCGUAUGCCGGAUGCAGGCCGGGAACUCAGGCUGGCGAAGAGCCGUGCCGGUGUUACGGGUUACGAUAUUGCGUCUCUGAAGAGCACGGUGCACCACUUUGGUGGACGGUUGAUUGCUGCUGCUGGAGCUUGGUUUGCAAACGAUGUGUUUUUCUAUGGCAACAAACUCUUCCAAGGCCAGUUCAUCUCGGUCAUCUCAUCCAACCCCAAGAGUGUGAUGACUGCUUGGACCUGGAACCUGAUCAACGUGGUCGUCUCUUUGGCGGGCUACUAUUGCGCCUCUUUUCUCAUUGACAGCAGGCUUUACGGCCGCAAAAAGAUGCAGCUCAUCGGAUUCAUGAUGUGCUUCAUCAUGUUUGUGAUUCCGGCGUUCCAGUAUUACUACUACACCUCUGGUCCCAACAUCAAAUCUUUCCAGGCCAUGUACUUCCUCUCGUCCUUCUUCAAUCAGUUCGGACCCAACUCGGUUACCUUCCUCGUGGCGGGUGAGAUCUUCCCGACUUCGGUGCGCGCAUCGGCGCACGGCUUCAGCGCCUGCAUCGGCAAGGCCGGUGCCCUGCUCGCCUCUGUGCUGUACAACUACAUCGACACGCAGACAAAGUUCUACGUGGUGCCUUGGUUUGGCCUCGCCGGCAUGCUGCUCACCUGGCUUUUCCUCCCAGACACGACUGGCCUGGACCUCAAGGAGCAGGAGCGCCGCUGGCAGUACAUCCGCGACGGCCGCGCGAGCGAGUACCGCGGCGUCGCCAUCCACCCCAAGCACCUCAGCCAGUGGGAGCGCUGGAUGGGCGUCGGAAAGCCCUACAACCCCGUUGAGGACUACGAGGACAAGGUCGACGACCUCAGGCGCGAGUGGGAGGCGCACCAAACCCUGAAGACGGAGAAAGAAGUGCGAGGCGGAGCUGGUAGUGACGGGAAUGGCGCUGCUGCCGCUGCCGUUGGCGGUGGCGAUGGCGCACAGGAAGGCCUCUUUACGAACCAGGUCGACGACUACUUCCGCAACACCAGGCCGAGGCGUGCCCAGAAAGGCAAGAGCAAGGCCAAUGACGUUACCGACGACGACACGAGGGCGUCUGGAUCGGUGACGGGCGGUGUAAUGUUACCGGCGGAGCCUGAAACGGAGGUCAAGAACUUAUAA